GAAAGGUCGGGUGCCCAAUGGUGACAAAUCUGAUUCGUUGACAUUUUUUUACUUGCGCCUGGCAGGAUCAUGCUUUGUUGGAUCAUGUAUCCAGUCAAUAGGGUUAUUUGUCGAAGCCGUCGAUGAUCCAUGAGCAGUUUUAAAUAUUUUUUUCAGAUAUUUAUACUUUUCAUAUAAUGUGCCAUCAUCGUCUAUUGCCUUGACCUUCUUUUUCAAAGGAAAAUAUUCCUGAAAAUCGUCGGAUUCCAGCAGCCAAUAUUCGAGGAAAAUGCAACCAACCGUAUUGCAAAUGCAUAAUUUAGUUACGCCUUAUAACCUAUGGCGAUGCAUUUCUUCAAGCAAUGUUUCAUAUAACAUUUCAAGGGAAGGCAGAUUUUUGAGGAAGAUGAUGAAUGGUAAUAAGAAAAAGUAAAAAAUUCUUCAAUAGUGCUGGUACGGCAGCUCAGCCUGUUACUAUGACAGUCAAUAAAAUCGUGCCAACACACAGGACUCGCAGAACAGAAGUACUCAAUAAACUGUUUAUGAAACACAUAACCGACUUAAUGGCAACAGGGGAAGUAGCACCCCAGCUAUUAGGUCGAGGCAUAGAUAUUUCUCACGUCAGUGUUACGUCUGAUUUCAAACAUCUGAACGUCUUUUGGCACAGUAAAAAUCAUAAAACAGGUGAUGAAUCCACAGAAAGUGUCCUUCGUAGAUGUGGAGGACAUCUUCAGCACGAAUUGUCUCAACUUCGGGUAAUAGGCGUCGUUCCGACAAUUAGAUUUGUUAAAAACAAGCAUUUGUCUGUAGUGAAUGCAGUAGAAAACCGACUAUCGUCAAUCGAUUUUGGCGAAGAGUUUAUACCCUCUACUCAUAUCAUUAAAAGCGAUGAGCCAGUUAUAUUCACCAAACUUUCAUCUGUUACUAAAUCGGAAAUUAUUGAUUUGAACAUAACAAACCGAAGCGAAGACAAGGUCCUUGGGGUUAAUCUUCCGGAAAUGAGACAUGAUGUCUUUGGUUUAGAUCGUUAUACGAUGAUCAAGAAGGUUCAAACAUCUGUAAGCAAGAUACAAGUUUCAAUGCAAAAUCGGACUACACUUACUUCUAUAACCGAACUUAGAGAAAAAUCAUUGUUUCCUGAGAAACAAUUAUCGAGCACUGAAAGACGAGAAUUAUUUACACAGUUUUUGAAGCAACGUCAAAUUCAAAAGAAACGGAAACUCGAUUCUGGCAUUGAGAGGCAUGACUCUCUGGAAGAAAGCGAUAAUUUGUACGAUGUGGAAAACUGCAGUACGAGAGAAGAAGAACAAGACGAACAUUUCGAAAUAGAGGACGAGAACUUAGGACAGUGGAAAUAAAAAUUAACUCCAUUAUAAUGAACAAAUUGUUAUUAACAAGAAAGCAAAAAUAUCUUCACUUCGAGUGUACAUAAAUAUAAUACUUAAAUAAUAAAAAGUAUAUAUAUAACAAUCACAA